UCAUUCAUUACUGGCUAAUUAUUCAUUCUGCACAUUCUAACUAAUGAUGUGAGAAUCAAGAAUUAGAUAAAAUUUAAUAUAAUAAAAGUGCUAUUACAUUCUUUUUUUUCAAUUUCUUUUAAUGAUAAAGAACAUUAGCAGUGAAAAUGUGAAAUGACUAUCCGUCAGUUCAUAAUCUUUCGUUAAGAGAGGGCCGUGUCAGUUUGUCAUUUAAGAUUGAACGAGACAGUUCAUUCUCUUCAAUCAUGAAGUUAAAUGUGCUUUUAUUUCUCUUUCUUAUUAUUUACUCACUACAGAACACAAAUGGAAUAAAAUUUGGCGGUGGAGGUCGUAGAGGAGGAAGUGGUGGAAGUCGAGGAAGCAGUAGCGGAAGAGGAUGGUUUGGUUCCAAAGGAUCAUCCAGCAACACUCACAGUAAUAAUAAUAAUAAUAGAGGAUCAGUGACAUCUUCGCCUCCAGUUGGUGGCAGUUUUGGAUCAUACUAUCAAGGCAAUCCAAAAGGAUCGCAACCUGUAGGUUGGAACACUAAUAAUAAACCAUCAGCUCCUGAGCAUACGGCAUCGAAAGCCACUGCUGUCCACACGCAGUCAGGUAAUCCUUAUGGUCAACAACACGGUUCGAAUCCCUACUAUCCAGCGGGUGGCACUCAUCAAACGGGCUACAACAAUCCAUCAGGAGGAUAUCAUCCCCAAGGAGGUUACAAUCCAUCGUCAGGUGGCUAUCAUCCCCAGGGAGGUUACAAUCAAGGAGGCGGAUACCAUCCCCAGGGUGGUUACAACAAUCCAUCGCACUAUCCACAAAAUCACGGGCAAUCACACGGUCUACCUUAUCAGCCUUAUCAACCACCACAAGGUGGCUAUUCAUCGCCCGGUCACGGCUACAAUCCCUCAGUGGGAACACCAGUCAUCGUUCAAGGCAGCAGUAAACCAGGAAUCGGUCAGAUCGCUAAAGAGGCAUUCGUCUACGCCGGUGUCAGUGCAGGAGUGAAUGCGGCCGUCAACAGAAUUAUACCCGGUGGAAUCUAUGGUCACUCGGGUGGAAGUAGCAGUCAAGUGAGCCCAAGUGGAGUUGUACCUACGAACACGCAAAUCACUUAUAAUAAUUAUUACAAUGGUUCUGCACCAGGAGCAGCACCCGCUGAUAAUUCAAAUCCAAAUUCUCCUCAACCUGCCGUCCCUAUAGCGGCACAAGCGCCGGCAACCAAUUCCAAUGCACCAGCUGCGAAUAAUAAUCCUCCCCCAGCUGCCGACGCUCCUGCAUCGAAUCAAAAUUCCAAUCCACAAAAUUCUGGAGUCAAUAAUCCACCACUUCAGGAUUUUCCCAUCGCUGCUCAUGAUAUUCAGCAGGUGACUGAGGAUCUCUUCAAGAAGGACACGAAUAAUGCCAAUCAUCAUAUCACCGUGAAUCUCCAGGGGCAGAAGAAGGACGACAGUACAAAUGAUGAUGCACCUGAACAUCUAUUGACGGUGAAAUCAGAAGCCUACGAAAUACCGACAGUAAAAGCUGUUCUUGCAUUGCACGAUAAUUACGAAUUGAGUGUGAAGACUAAAGAAAAUGUAACACCAGAGGAGAGAAAUGAAGAAUCUACUUUACUCGAUGAAUUCUUAAAGACGGACCUUAUGCAAGCUGCGAUGAAAUUCCUCGCCGACAAGGGAUAUAUUCCUAAAGAUGAAUACGAAUACAAAGAUAUUUUGAGGGCAAUUUGGUUCACGCAAUUCAAACGAAUUGAAGGCGAUUCUUCGAGUUCAGGAUUCGAGACUGUAUUUCUUGCUGAACAAUUUGAUAAUGAAAUAAUUGGUCUUCACAAUUGGAUUUAUUUCGCCAAACAGGAAGAGGCGAAUAAUCUUAAUUAUUUAGGAUACAUCCAGGAGAAGAAACUCGCCAGUACUGCUUCUGUAAUAAAAUUACGAUCGACUUUGAAUAAUGUUCUACAACCAGUGACGUCAAUAUUCGUUGGCACAUCACCCGAAUUAGAAAUGGCUCUCUACACUAUUUGCUUCUACACGAGACCAAACAAUUUAUGCCCAGUGUCACUUGGAGGCUCACAAUUUUCGAUAAUUGUCAAUCGAGUGAAUUAUUUCGGAAAAGAAAUUCUCGUUUCCGCCUAUCCAGAAAUUUAGAAUAUUUUACAUCUUUUUUUUAUAAUUCAAAAUCUAUAUAUAUAUUUUAUCAUCUCCACGUACGAAUUAGCUUUAAAUAAAAAAAAAUUGAUAAAAAAGAAAUACUCAUUUGAAAUUGGCAUUAAUUUAAAAAAUGUGCCAAAAAAAGGAAAAAAAAGAAUUGUGUGAGUAGAAAAAUCAUUAGAUGAUCCAGUUAUUUUUUCUAUGUUGAUAAAUGUCUUUUUUAAUUGACAUCAUGUCCUCGAGUGUGAUAUUCAAACUGUAAAUUUAAUACCUAAGGAAAUAAAUACAGAUUUCAUACCUGGAA